GAUGCCCGCAAGCUUCAGGAGACUCUGGAGGGGUCAACGGAAGCAGCGGGCCUCGACGACCCCUUGUCGGGACAAGAAGAUGCUACACUGGACGAGAGCCAGAUCAACCUGCAGCACUUCCUGACGAUGGGCUAUGUUCGACCUCCCAAUGUGGGGUCCCUGCGAGAAUGGGGGCAGGAGCUCUUGCCAUCGGGCAAGCACCGAGCCCUCACUUUCGAAGCAGCCUUCCACAAACAUAUGCCGUAUGCAGCAUACAUGGAAAAGAUGCAGAAGGCGCCAUCAGACCCGGAGAACAAGGGCGAAGGCAUGAAUCCCGACCUCAUCCCGAAGGAGUCGACCACCAAGCCGAUCCCGGAGGACGAGGAGUGGAAGCUAUGCCCAGCCCAGGAGCCG